CAUUUCCUCGGCACCCGUUGACCCAAAUGAAGGGCUUUUGUGCACCGUGACCAAGGUCACUAGAUGCUACCCUUGGCAUUUGAAGUAGUGCACAUGUUGGGCACGCUGGUGGAUGUAUAUAUAUAUAACGCAGCCUCGGCCCUCAACGUUCAACACUUUCCUGCAGGCUCAUAGAGCGUACCAUACUAACCAACCUCAACCACAGGCUUUUACUAAGGCUUUUACUGAUCUUCUCCUCCAAUAGAUGUCCAGAGAAAUCACACACAGCGAGAACUCACGUCUUACGCAAUGUUCCAAAUCACAAGAACCCGAAAAACAGCCAGAUCCCAUUACUAUGCCAACUGAAUGGGAGCCCCCAUUGGCGCCAAUACCAAGGCGCUGUUUCAUCAUCCUUUGCUAUAUUUUCGUGGCAGACUCGAACCUUCAAACUUUCUGGAAGAAAGUCAGUAGAGACUCCUCGAAGGGCUGGGAGGACUAUCAUGCCGAAUAUUUUGACUUCCUUAACCGCAUAAGCACCGUGCAAGGACUGCUGCUCACAACGUCAGCUGUCUUCAUCUCAACCGCAGCCCCGUUAUCUAUCCUAAAUUAUGCUGCGGACAUUCCAUACGCAUGUUUGUCUGAGUCGCUCGUCUUCGCUUUGUUCGGGCUGUUCCUGCAGUUGUUUGUCUCUGCCUACUUGGGACCACGAUAUAAACGCACGAAAACAUUGGACGAACUCAAAGAGAGACGCUGGAUGAUCUUUUGUCACCUCUUCAAUUUAGCUCUCCCAGCUCUGCUCUUCAAUAGUUCUUUAGGUUGGCUCUUAGCGGCUAUUGUCAUCACCGGGUGCAUGUCACAAUCACUCCUGACUCGUAUUCUCACGAUCACCACCGUUGCUGCUCUAGUCUUGGUGGAAUUUCUAUCCUUCGUGGUUUUGCCUCCAUUUAGAAAAUUUUGGGCGAUUGCAUGGUGGGGUGUUCACUCUCAUAGAUCUGGAUAUCAAGGAUAGGAUGUUUCUAUCGCUUCGCUUAUUUCUGUCCUUGAGAGUUUCAUUACAGCCACGUGUUAAGUAUUAGCAUGCCUUUCCGUUGCAUAUCUCUUCCAUCCCCUCCACUCGUGUAUAUCCAUUGUAAUCUCGAUCAGAUCUAUGUUUUCGAUUCGAUUUAGUGCGCGACUUCCGUUGUGCAGGAAAGUGGCGUUGGCGCUUCCACAAAUCUC